AUGAGUAAACCUCACGGCCACAGGACAUUUCACGGACUCAAAAACUGGCCCCUUUUCAGCUACUUCCACCGCUCCAGAGGCAUGCCAGUAUCCAGUCCUGCUGGUAAAGAUCACCCGACGAAAAGCGACGCCCCCAUGCAUAUGCCAGUGGGAAUGCAACAAAACUUUGGCCCGCCUAUGAUGCCUCAACGUCCACCGCGUUAUGGCAAUGCUCAUAUCAGCCAAGGACCUGGAGAUCAUUAUGACGGGUUUAUAGGCGAUGUUGGUAAACCAGUUCACAUGGACAAAAGACACCCCGCCGAUAAAGACAGGCACCGUCCCAUAGACGGCAACGCGAGUUAUGACGGGAACAUGGAGUGUAUGCCGAAAAUGGAUAUGCCAGGAAGAGACAUCGAUUCUCAGGGAGGGUUUGUCGAAACUUCAAGAGCUCCUGACGGUAAAUUUGCUGACGCUCAAGGGAGAAAUUCCGUUAACAAGCGCACUGCCGAUCAAGACGGCAAAGGUCCUGACAUGCCCAACUUUCCUAUGGACUUUGGGGACCACUACAUGGAAGGCCAGGAUCAGCCGUUUGCCCCCUACAUGGACCGUGACUAUAUGAGAAAUAUGGAGCCAAUGGACAUGCGUUAUAUGGUACCAGGACGCUUCAGUUUGCAUAUGGAGAACCCGGAAAGAUAUAUGGACUUGUCUCGCUUUACAAUGGAUUUCGAAGGAAGAUAUAUGGACCCCAAUGGCCGAUUGUUUUACCCUUUCGGUAGACGGGGUAGCAAUCGAAUGAUCGACAUGAUGAGACCCCAAAUACCACGAAACGAAAUAGGAGAUGAAAUAACUGAACAGGAACUCAUCCAAAGUGGUAUGUUGGUUGUCACAGAUAUAGAUUACCAUCUGCAUGAGAAUGUCCGUCACCAUCACACUGAGCAAUUUGACCUCGCCCAGAAUGGCCAGCUGAUCGUCCGUCGUGGUCAGCCCUUCAUGCUGACCAUUCACUUUAAUGAAGAAUACGAUGAAAGUAAACACAGCCUCAAGUUCAUCUUCCAAAUUGGUGACAACCCGAUGCCUUCCCAGAAAACCGAAGUCAAAUUCGGUUUCGUUGAUAAAUGGUACCCUGAGGAAUGGGGCGCUAAAAUGGUCUCUCGCCAAGAUAAUUUCAUCACUCUCUAUAUCCACCCUGGUUGCGACUGCUUGGUUGGGGUGUGGGAUUUCAUGUUAGAGACCAUGGCCUUUGGCAAGGGAAGCUACUGUUUCGAUCAGUUUGAGCCUAUCUACAUUUUAUUUAACCCUUGGUGCAAAGUCUCUCUCUUUCAUCCUCUUUCCUGCAGUCUCUCUCUCCUCUCUCUCUCUAUCUAUCUCUCUCGUUAUCUUUUCUGCAGUCUCUCUUUCCUUCUCUUUCUUGCUGUUUUCUCUCUCUCUCUCGCAAUAAAAAUUCUCUUUCCUCUAGUCUUCUCUCUCUCUCUCUCUCUCUCUCUCUCUCUCUCUCGCGAACUCUUUCCUGUAUCUCUCUCUCUCUCUCUCUCUGUUCUCUCUCUCUUUUCUUCUCUUCUCUUUCCUGCUUCUUUCUGUCUCUUUCUCGUUCUCUUUCCUGCAGUCUCUGUCUGUCUCUCUCUCGUUCUCUUUCCUGUAGUCUCUCUCUAUCUCACUCUCUUUCCUGUAGUCUCUCUCUAUCUCGUAAUCACUCUUUCCUGUACUCUAUAUAUCGCACUUUCUUUCCUGUUCUCUCUCUCUCUCUCUCUCUCUCUCUCUCUCUCCCUCCCUCCUAUCACUUUUCUCCUCUUUCUUGUUUUCUCUUUUUCCUGUCGUCUUCGUCGCCGAGACCAAAUCUAUAUGGACGACAAAGAUCUUCUCCAUGAAUACGUCCUAAACGAUCAUGGACACAUCUUCCAAGGGAGUGGCAGUUCCAGUGUCUACCAGAAACCCUGGAAUUACGGUCAGUUUGACGACGACAUCUUGGAUAUUUCUUUGUAUCUGAUGAGGCAAGGUUUUCUGGAUUACAACAUCCAGAUGAGCAAUCCGGUGCGUAUUGUCCGUGCCUUAGCCCAAAUGAUGAAUUCACCCGAGAACAACGGCGUUAUGAUGAGAAGCAGCACUGGUGACUUCAGCGAUGGUAAAAAGCCUGCUGCCUGGGGUGGCAGUCCCAGAAUUCUUCAGCAGUUCAUUGACACCAAAGAACCGGUGCGUUAUGGUCAAUGCUGGGUCUUCGCCGCUCUGAUGACAACAGUUUGUCGCGCGCUCGGUAUUCCUUGCAGGACUGUGACCAACUUUAAUUCGAAUCACGACAGCGAUGACAACGUUACUGUCAAUAUCUACCUGGAGGAGGACGAAGAAGGAAACAUUUACGAACGCAAGGAAAAUAACCUUUGGAGUUUCCAUGUCUGGAAUGAUGUUUGGAUGGGACGCCCUGAUCUUCCCGUCGGCUACUGCGGCUGGCAAACCAUUGACCCCACUCCACAGGAAGCCAGCGACGGGUUCUACUGUUGUGGACCGGCCCCACUGAAGGCUCUCAAAAAUGGUGAGAUCAACCAAACCUUUGAUACCAACUUUAUCUUUUCGGAAUUGAACUCGGAUCGAGUUUAUUGGAUGAAGAACGCACAGAAUGGCAAAUGGGAGAUUGUGCACAUCGAAAAAGAUGCUUCUUUCUUUCUUUCUCUUCUUUCUUUCUCUUCUUUCUUCUUUCUUUCUCUUCUUUCUUCUUUCUUUCUCUUCUUUCUUUCUUUCUCCACCAUUUGUUUCUUUCUUUCUCCACCAUUUGUUUCUUUCUUUCUCGUCCAUUUGUUUGUUUCUUUCUUUCUCGUCCAUUUGUUUGUUUUUUUCUUUCUCGUCCAUUUGUUUGUUUCUUUUCUUUCUCGUCCAUUUGUUACUUUCUUUUCUUUCUCGUCCAUUUGUUUCUUUUUUUGUCAUUCUCGUCCAUUUGUUUCUUUUUUUGUCAUUCUCGUCCAUUUGUUUCUUUUUUUUUUGUCAUUCUCGUCCAUUUGUUACUUUUUUGUCAUUCUCGUCCAUUUGUUACUUUUUUGUCAUUCUCGUCCAUUUGUUAUUUUUUUGUCAUUCUCGUCCAUUUGUUACUUUUUUGUCAUUCUCGUCUUUUUUUUUUUUUUUGUCAUUCUCGUCCAUUUUUUUCUUUUUUUUUUUCGUCCAUUUGUCGUUUUUUCAUGUUCAUCCAUUCAAUUUGUUUUCCUCCGUUUGUUUGUUUCUUUCUUUCUCGUCCAUUUGUUUCUUUCUUUCUUUCUUUCUUUCUCGUUCAUUUGUUUCUUUCUUCUCUAUUUUUCUUUCUUCUCCUUUAUUUGUUACUCUAUCUGCCUUUCUUUUCUCCUCUAUUUUUGCUUUCUCUCUUUUCUCCUCUAUUUUUGCUCCUCUCGCUCUCUCUCUUUCCUCCUCUACUUUUUUGCUCCUCUCGCUCUCUCUCUUUUCUCUUCUAUUUUUCUUUCUGCCUCUAUUGUCUUUUUCACUCUCUAUUUCUAUUUUAGUGUUUUUCUUUUUUUUUCUCUUUUUCCCUGUUUUUCCUAUAACUUCAUUUUUUCGUUUUCUCUUUCUUUCUUUUUUCAUUUUCUCCUUUUAAUUCCUCUAUUCUCAUUUUUUUUCUCCUUUCGUUUUUGCUUUCACCUUUUCUUUUUCUCUUUGUUCUUUUUCGUCUUCUCUUUUUUCAUUUUUUCCUUUCAUUUCCUUUACCCCCAUUUCUUCCCCCUCCACAAUCUUUUCUCCAUAACGUUUAUUCUUUCGCUUCUAUUAUUUUUGCCUAUUAGUUUAUUUUCCUUUUCUUAUUCUCAUAUCUUUCUUGUUCUAUUUUCUUUUUCUCCUUCUCUUUUUCACCUUUUCCUUCUUUCAUUCAUCUUUUCUCGUACAUUUUCUUUUUCUUUUCUUUCAUUUCCCCUUUCGUCUUUUUCCUUUUUUUUUUCUUCAUUUUUCACUUAUUUUCUUUUUCAACACCAUUUCUUUUUUUUUUCUUUCAUAUCUUUCUUUCUGUCUUUAUUUCGCCACUAUUUCUUUCUUCUUCUUCUCUCUCUUUUUUGCCUCAUGUUUAUAUUAUUCCUUUUUUUUUCUCUCUUUUUUCUUUUACGCCUUAUUCGACUCUUUGAAAAAAAUUUUCUUUCUUUUUUUUCUUUAAUUUAUUUCUUUCUUUGUCCUUUUUUUCUCUGUUACCAUUAUUCCUUUAUUUUUCUCUUACUUUCUUUUUCUCUUUUACCAUUUUCUUUUCGCCUUUUUCCUUUUCAUUUUCUCCUUCUCUUCCUUUCAUUGUUUUUCUCUUUUUUCUUUUUUCCUUUUUCUCUAUUUUUUCAUCUUUUUUUUUUUCAUCCUUCUCCUUUUUUAAUCCUUUUCUCUUUUUCAUCUUUCUCAUUUUUUCUUCUUUUUUCAUCCUUCUCUUUCAUCUUUCCCUUUUUUCAUUCUUCUCUUUUUUCGUCAUUCUCAUUGUUCAUCUUUCUCUUUUUCGUCCUUUUUUCUAAUCCUUAUCAUUUCUUUUUUUUCUUUUUUUUAUUUUUUCUUCUUUCUUUUUUAAUUUGCAAACGGAAAACAAUUUUCUUUUUCUUUUUCUUUCUCUUUUUCUUUCUCUUUUUCUUCUUUCUUUUUUCUUUUCUUUUUCUUUCUUUUUCUUCUUUCUCUUUUUCUUCUUUCUCUUUUUUAUACUUUUUUCUUCUUUCUGUUCUCUUUUUUUUCAUCCUUCUCUUUUUUUCGUUCGUCAUUUUCAGCUUUUUCGUCUUUUAUUUUCCUUAUUUUUUAUUUUAUUUUUUUUCAACUUUUUCUUUCUCAUUUCCUCUUUUUCUUCUUUUUUCUCUUUCUUCCUUUUCCUUUAUUUUUUCAUAUAAAAAUCUCUGUUUCUUUAUUUUUCUUCUUCCUGUUUCUUUUUCACCUCAAACUUUUUUCUUUCUUUUUAUGGAUCACUGGCCAAUGCAUUUCAUAUUUUGA